UCCAACGGUUCUCAGGAAACAAAUUAUUUAUUUUGGUUUUAUUUAGUUUUAUGGUGUUUUUUAGCACUUUGCCUACGGAUCUCAGAAAAUUGUGGUCACAUGACCUCUCCCAUUACAAACAUAUGUAGUUAACUUUUCUCUCUUCUAACUUUACAACCUGAUUAUUUGACAUUAUCAAAAUUCAUUUACAUAUAGACAUUGCUGCUUUGUUUUUGUAUGAAUCAUUUGAUUGAACAAAGAUCAUAUUUAACUUUAAAUGGAUACAGAAAUGUUUCUCACGUUCUUCCUUGUUAGCUUACGUCUUGUUUGGUCUUGACGUAGUACUACAAGGACACAAGUAGAAAAAGUUGAGCAUACUUUAUCGUUAAAAUGUAGAUGUUGCAAUUAACCGUGAGAUGUAUUGAUACUCUCUUGUGGAAUUUAAUCAAUGGUUAAGCGAAGGAGAACUACAUCGGGGGAAAACGAAGGGAAAAAAGUGCUGGAUGAACGAAUGACCGUAGGUUCAGAAAAUGUUGCGCACGAAACGAGAAGCCUAAAAACGUCCAAUUCCACCCAGUUUCUGGAUAAUGCACAGGAUCCACAAAACCAAAGUCGUAGUUUGUCCGAGUCUCAGCCAGAGAAUGGGAUUUCAGAAGAAGCUCCUUCUCACCAAAUCGCAACCAGAUCAAGUACUAGGUCCUUAAAGCGAACAAAGAAAGAUUUCAGCCCACCCAAUUCACCUCCCAAAAAGCCAGCUAAAGAACCAAAGACCAAUACCCCAGAUGCAAAAACCAGACGUCCCUGGGAAGGCUGGACUCUUGAGGAUAAAGACACCUUCUUUGAAGGUUUAUAUGAGUAUGGUAAAGAUUUUGAUGCCAUCCAGAACCUGAUAACCUUGAAACACAAGCGCAAGGGUGAUCCUGUCCAUCUCAUCAAGAAUAAGGAACAAGUCCGCCACUUUUACUACAGAACAUGGCAUAAAAUUUCUAAAUAUGUUCACAUUGGAGAUGAAGUAAAGAAAGCAACACAAGAAUUGUAUGGAUUAGUUAACUAUGGGGAGCUUAGAAAAAGAAUUGGAGGAGCUCUGUCUGAGAAGAAUGGCCAAAAGCUGACAGAGCUUAUACAUAAGGGCACAACCUGUGUGAAGGUGAAGGGCAAAACUUUCAGAUUGAAGACUCCAGUGUGUAAAGCUUUGAAAAAACUGAAUAAUGUGGAGGAAGAGACCAGAGAUGAAGAGCCACCAAAAGUCCCAGAGAGGUGUGUCUUGGAGUUGCAACCAAGGAGCAAUGCAGCCUAUGCCCAUGUCCAGUCACAAGCCCAGAACCCAAGGAUAAGAAUGACUGUGAAAUUGGAGAGGAGACUAGGGAGUAUUAUUGAAUACCUCCAGAAGAAGUGGAAACCACAGAGGCAGCUACUUAAAGAGAGUUUUAAGGUGUAUGAUGAGCCAGAGCCUAGACUGAGGAUAUAUCCAAGCCUUGAAGCACAGCAUCUUGCCCCAGUCACACUGAAACCCACACCACAGAACAAAUUAGAUCUGGGCUUUGAAAACUACAAGCAGCAUAUCUUAGAUAAAGAAGCUCAAGAAACCGAAAAGAAGAAAGCUGGUAAUAAAAGGCAGGCGGGGGAUGUUCUUAGUGAUGACUCUAACAGUGCAACCCAGGCUACAGGUUCUGUUGAUAAAGAACAGCCAGACAAAGGUCAUAUCACCAAUAACAAUAAAAAUGCCCCACUAUCAGUGGACCCCAAGACAUCAGGAGCUUCAGAAAAGGACAAGUCUGUAACUAUGGAAACUAGCUGCCUUAGUAACACCCAAGGAAACAAUUUAUUAGUUUUCAACAGAGCUGAGGACGAUGCAGCAACCAGCGCGGCAUUGCAGUGCAAUAAUAGUUCAAAUAAUGAUAAUAAUACUCAUAAAAGUACAGAAAAAACAUCAAGUGAGAAUAACGAAGAACAGAAGAAGAAAACUGUUAAUGAAAGUAACGAAGAACAAAGAAGGUCGGAAGUGGAGCGUUUUCGUAAUGGCUGGACUCUUCAGGAGGCAGAAAACCUGAGCAUAGCCCAUAUCCACCUUAUUCUUGGGUCCCCAGAGAAACUUGUGCUGGAGUAUGAGUGGGAGGAACCUAACGAGACACCACACCUAGAGAAUGCCUCACUGUCUAAUAUGCUGAGGAGGCUGGUGCAUUUGGCAAUGUCAGAGUUCACAGACUUCUCUAAGCCGAAACAGCCUGGCUCUUCUUCACCGUGUAAAUGUUGUGGUAAUGUUCACACUGGUGGGUCACCAAGAAACCGUUCAAGUCAGAACAGAAGUCCAGGGGGCAGCACCAGAAGUCCGUCUGUCAGAGGAGGACAGAUGGGAAAAAGUCCAUCCACUCCCAAGACAUCAAGAAGGAAUACUGAUGGAAGAAGCUCUCCUGUUUCUAGGAGGCGGACACAAAGCGGAGGUGACAAGGCAGCAGAUGUCAGUGACAAAAACAAAGAAGAUGACUCUGUGUUUAGAAAACCAGCAGAUUUCCCUGCCCCCAAGUCCCAGAGCCACCAGAAGAACCACGUAAAAGGGACUGAAGCACAGUUGAUACAUACUCAGAACACACAGGCAGAAGCUAGGAACUUCAUGGAACAGCUCAGCAGGCUCUCUAGACAAGACCUUUUCUCACAAAAGAACAAAAUGCGAAGCAGGAUGGUGCGGAAGCCAAUGGUGGUACAGCGAACCCUUCUUCCCAAGGCCACGGUGCCAACACGUCACAUCAUGGGCCUACCUGUGAUACACGGAUCACCCUCUCAGCUCUCCACAGGCGCCGUCCCAUCAGGCUCUUUUAUCCCUAUCAUUCAGCAGCAACAGAUAGCAAAUCAAAAUAUCACCACUGGUGGCAGCGGUGGGUCAGUUCUCAAUCCUGGCAGUGGGUCAGUUUUGGAUGGACAAUCUGUCAUUGAUGGCCAGUCUCAGCAGUUGAUGGCCCAAGUGCAGGCUGUGGUCAGUUCCCAGCCACUGGUCAGUAUUUUCCCCAGUGCAGUGACCACUGUCCAGACCAUAGUGGGUGGUCAGCAGGGCACACAGCUGGUCACGUCGGACAGUGCCCAGGGCCAGAUGACCACAGACAGUAGCCUAGGUCAGGGAUAUAGGAAGAUAGCACCUGCUCCUUUAGUACAAGGAUCUGCGUCCCUGUCUCCACUCACUGUGCAGGCUCUUCCAGGCAGUUCCACUCUGCUACACGUCAGAGCAGAGUCUCCCAUGACUGUAAUCCAGGCUAGCAGUAACUCACCCGGGCCCAUAUCAAGUUCUGACCUGGCUCCUUCACCUAUGUUAUCUGGAGUGUCUGGGAUACAGGCUGCUAGCUCACCUGUCCUGGCUAAUAUGCUGGGGAUCACUCGGACACCUACCACCACUUCUGUCACCACCACUGUCACCAGCUCCGGUACCAUGGCGCCUCUCAACGAGUUUGGACUCGGUGACAAUGUGCCUGCCAGAGGGAAUACAUCAAACUUUACAUCCCCACCAAAUAUGUCAUCAUUUCUGGACAUAUCACUGCCUGAGGCUCCUCCUGUUGCAGUAUCAGAGUCUGCAGAUAAGCUCAUCGACUUUGCUCUGGAGAAUGUGUUAGAGCGACCAAGCACUCCCCCCAUGAGCAGUUCAACCCUGGGUUUUCAGGGGCUUAGUUCCCCAGAGAAGUGGUUCAAUGGAGAAAUGGGUGACAUAUCCCUUGGCAGUCUGUUAGAGUCCCCCUUGAAGAAGGACGUCUCCUUAACCAGUUCAGUGAUUCCAACUACCCCAUUAUUUAAUGAAUGCAGCCGAGAUUCCAUCGCUUCAAGAUUUGAUGUGGACUCUACUAUCAGUGCCCUGAUGAAUGAGAAUAGUCUUGACUACAUGGCCAAGUUUGCUGAACUAGCGGCUCAAGUGAGUGCACAGCCAGAAACUCCUAAGAAAGGAGAACCCAGACAAGCAAGUACAUAGAAAUGAAGAACAAAGCGUGCUGGACAAAUGACCAUUGGCCCAGAUGUAACGGCCAGUAACCAUAAGAUAGGGCAGGUCUGACAACAUGGGUUAAAGAAAAAAAAAAGUGAUCUAGUGCAUAGUAAGGGAAGAAGAAAUCAAGAGUUUAAGAAAACAACCUUCAUGACUCUAACCCUAUUUAGAUUAAGCAUGAUAUUUGAUGGAGAGAUAUAUUGAACUAAGAAAAUUAAUCAAAAUAUUUUCACUAUUCUUUAAAGGCUGUUGGAGAACAUGGUUGAUGUAUUCCCAGUAACAUAUUUAUGUACUGCAAGUAGAUUUGGCAGAAUUCAGAAUUUUUUCAUACAACAAUAGUGAUAGAAAAAGUGAUCAAAAGAGAUUCGGUGAAAUAAGAUAGAAAGUGUUGUGCGUUAGAAAAAUUUGUGCAAAAUGUUGAGUUAUUUGACAGAAAAUAUCCUUCUUUUUGUUAGAGAAUAGGUGAACUCUACUAUCAGUGCCCUUAUGAACACCUUUAUAAUUGAAAAGGUAAUUUUAGAAUUAAAAAUUUAUUGUAAAUUAUGUACAGGGCUUCUAGAUUUUUACAGUAUUCGUUUUUGUACAUCUUGCAUCCUGUAAAUAAGAUGCAAUUUUGUGAAUUAAUGUGCAAUUUUGAGUUGUAUGCAAGACGAACAAUGUUUUAAUGUCUGUGGUGCUGUGAGAUAUAAGGAAAUGGGAUGGUUUUGUUAAUUGUGAUGCAGGUAUUUUUUCAGUUUCUCAAAGUCCUUGGGCCUCUGGUAUCUACUUAAGGAGCAUUCUGUGAGUUAAAAAGAUUGUGCAUUGAACCCUGAUCGACCUUUCUCCCAAACUUCUCCAAGCUCUCUCAGACAUGCUAGUAAAACCAGUCUUAUUUAAAAAAAAAACUGUCAAAUAAAUGGAAAGAAACAUAGCUGUACACUCUUCAUUGUGUAUGUACACAUUAACUACUUGAAAAUUGUCUUUAUUCAACUUUAUUCAAAUGAUUUUUUUAAGUCACAGUAACAAAUGGGUGUUUUGACAUGUAAAGCAAUUGCCUAGUUAUUUCUCAAAACUGUUGCUGAAGUGUCCUGUAAACAGUCAGGUAAGGGGAUAGCAUAAAACAAAUGGAAAACAAUAAAAAUGCACAGAAGAUGUUUUUUUUUUUUUCAAACAUUUU